CGCAGUCUCUGGUCAUCUCCUGUACUGUGUCCGCAGUUUAUGGUCAUCUCCUGUUCUAUGUCUGCAGUCUCUAGUCAUCUCCUGUAGUGUGUCCGCAGUCUCUGGUCAUCUCCUGUACUGUGUCCGCAGUCUCUGGUCAUCUCCUGUAGUAUGUCCGUAGUCUCUGGUCAUCUCCUGUACUGUGUCCACAGUCUCUGGUCAUCUCCUGUACUUGUCCGCAGUCUGUGGUCAUCUCCUGUAGUAUGUCCGCAGUCUCUGGUCAUCUCCUGUACUAUAUCUGCAGUCUUUGGUCAUCUCCUGUACUGUGUUCGCAGUCUC